AUGGAUUCGACUGCUUGGGAUGAUUUGAGGAAGCAGGCAAAUCAUUUAGAAAAUGAGCUCGACUUGAAGUUGGUUGCGUUCAGUAAGCUUGGAGCUGGCUUGGGAACUACGAUCAUCGAUGAAACGUCAGAUACCUCUCCCCUCAUAGCGAAGGAUAACAAAUUCGAUACUCUCACAUCUGAGAUAGAACAAAUUCUGGCUAAGCUGACAGCUAUCAAUGAUCAAAUGAGUUCGUUACCGUUGACAACGACCGCUUCAAUUCACACGGUCCAGCGUCAUCGUGACAUUCUUCAAGACUAUGUUCAGGAAUUCCAUCGGACGAAGAACAACAUUCAAGCGUGUAGGAAUCGCGAGGAGCUUCUCGGAGGAGCAAAUCAGACUUCUGGCCUGAGUAGGCGCAUGGACUUCCUUCUGAAAGAAAGCAAUCACUUACAAAAUUCUGACCGUUUGAUCGAUGAACAAAUCAACACUGCGUUGGAACUGACAGCUAUCAAUGAUCAAAUGAGUUCGUUACCGUUGACAACGACCGCUUCAAUUCACACGGUCCAGCGUCAUCGUGACAUUCUUCAAGACUAUGUUCAGGAAUUCCAUCGGACGAAGAACAACAUUCAAGCGUGUAGGAAUCGCGAGGAGCUUCUCGGAGGAGCAAAUCAGACUUCUGGCCUGAGUAGGCGCAUGGACUUCCUUCUGAAAGAAAGCAAUCACUUACAAAAUUCUGACCGUUUGAUCGAUGAACAAAUCAACACUGCGUUGGAAGUGAAAGAACAUCUUCACUCCCAAAGAGCAGCCAUGAAAUUGAUCCAAACUAAAAUGAACGACAUGGCUAAUCGGUUUCCGAUGCUGAACUCGCUCGUCCAACGGAUCAACUUCCGCAAACGACGGGAUUCCAUCAUCAUUGGUUCUAAUUUCUCUGUCUGGAAGUUGAUCUUCGAAUACCAAUCGACGGGGUUUUCUUUGGCAGGAAAUAGUGAUUCAGACAUGAAAAUUUUUUCCUUUUUGACAUCCAACAAAUCUGGGACUUCUGCAGACAAAACUGGACCAGAUCGCGGGUUGACAAACGAACAGGCUCUGAGCAUUGCCUGUUACAUUUUCGUUGUUGGUGUGAUCGGCAUUCCGUUGUGGUGGAAGACCACAGAAGUUUAUCGCGUUCACGUGCCACAUGGAGACAUCAAAGCAUUGCAGGAUUUUCGAUUUGUCAACAAAAUUCCCAUCAAAAUUUUUUUGACUGGAGAGACGCCGGAAUUUGAGCGGUUGCCUGCGGAAAUCAGCUCCCUCACCAAUGACGACGUCGAGUACAUUCCGCAAGAAUUCCACCUCCCAGCGAACUGGACCCAGCUUACCAACAGUUUCCGAACCCUGGAAUCCUUCGAGACGAAAGGCCUGGAAUUCCCUCAAAGAAAGGAUUGGAACGAAAUGCCCGGGGUGAUUCGUAUUUGGGAAAUGCCGUCGGAUUCCAUCAACAUGAAAGGCCGAGACGUGGUGAUUGGUGCUCGAAGGAACGUUUUUCUUCGCGGAAGACACGGUGUUGCGAGUCCGUAUUUGAUCCCGACCCUGUUGCAAAUGAUUGGGGAUUCUUCGUUGCGGCGAAUCAAGUACAGUGGGCAUGGAGACGACGGAGACGUGGAUGCCAUCACGAGGGUCCAUUCGUCGGGUUCCUACGAUGUGAUCUUUUCCUUGGUGAACCCGGAUCCGGCGAAGAUUCGGGUUCCUUGGAAAUUCCCGGAAAUGUUGCAAGGUACGAUGCCGUCAUUGUUGUCGUCGUCCAUCACAUUUUCUCAGAUGCAUUCUGAAGAAGCCUACCUUCGUCCGUUUAUCGACCACCUGGAAGGAUUAGCCGAAUUCAACAUCGAAAGCCAAAAUAUGUAUGAAGCUGCAGUUGUGAAUGCCGGUGACAUGCGACGAUCCGGUGGAAUAUUUUGGAGCCAAGAACAUCGUUGCUUCAUUUUUCCGGACACUUUGUCGUCUCAAAUUAUCACUAGGUUGGAGUCGAAGCUUGGUUCCUUUUUGUCGACAAACCCGGCCCUGCAGUUUGUGCUGUACAUCAAUCAUUAUAAGGAAAACCAAGGACCGCUGAAAAUCGGCCGCGUUGGGAAAACCGGCUACGAAUUCAGUCCGACGAACGCGUUUAUUUCUCCGCGUUGGGGCGGAUUCCUGAUUGCUAAUGAAGUCGUGCGCAAUAUUUCUGCACAAACGGAUUUGCGAAUGUCGGGCAGGGAAGUCAUGAGUGUUUUCAUCGCCCAGCUUCGGAGGCUGCUCGGUUUUCCGUCCCUGAAGCUUUUCAAUGAACUGGAACCGAACGCGGUCGGGACGAACAAGAUGGGCAUUCAGAGCAGCCGGGGCUGGGAAUUGGAUCAGUUGAAACGGAUUCGAACCUUGGAGAACACCCUGGGUUCCAUCGACACUUUGACGGCAUUGUCCGAUUUGUUGGACGAGAUCGGGAACCUGGUGAUUCGUGACGAAAUCGGCACUGAGAUUCAAAAGGCAGUGAGCAGUAUUCGAGCUGUGCACGAGUUUCUGGAGAACAGCGACUUGGAGAAUGCGUUUCGAGCCUCACUGGUCGCUUUGGAGUCUUCAGACAAGGCGUUUUUCGACGAAUCCUUGCUGGAGCUCUUGUAUUUUCCUGGUGACCAAAAGUGCAUACGCGGUCUACAUACCGCUAUUUUUGCCGGUGGGCAUUCCAGUGAUCUCAUCGAUACUCCAGUUGUGGCGUUGGUGGCGAAGCAAAAAGCCCUGAAGACGGAAUUCCGCUUGUUUACAGGAACACACGCACUAAUGGACGCCUGUGCGGCAGUAGAUAGAGAUGUGACAAAAGUAAUAGAAAAGUUUAACAACCUGAAAUCGUCGAUCGUUCGGCAUUGCGACGAUGCCUACUCCAAGUUGGACAACAUCAGGGAUGUUUUGACUGCCAACCCAGAAGCAAGUAUGUCAGUCGCUGAAGUAUUUAGGCUGACAGGAGCUGUCAAUGGAGCCAAGGAAAUGGCUCAGAAAGUUGCUGCCCAGCAUCGAGACCUGCACAAUGCAGUUUCCAAAGUUGGGAAGGCAAUUGACAGAAAUUUUUCUGCCGACUACGGAGCUGCCACUGGGGAAUGCGCCUUUACGAGUCCAGAUUGCCAAGCUCAUCUCAAUCAGGGAAUCUACAAUCAUUUUCUGCAGCAAGGACUGCUGGAUAUCGCCGAGAACCUUGUUGAGAAUUUUUCUGCCGACUACGGAGCUGCCACUGGGGAAUGCGCCUUUACGAGUCCAGAUUGCCAAGCUCAUCUCAAUCAGGGAAUCUACAAUCAUUUUCUGCAGCAAGGACUGCUGGAUAUCGCCGAGAACCUUGUUGAGGAAACCGGUGUUAACCAAGACCCGGAAAAGAAGAAGCCUUUCGUGGAGCUGAAGAGGAUAACAGAAGCCUUGAAGGAUAAGGAACUCGGACCUGCUCUGGAAUGGGCACUUGUUCACAGGGAUAUUCUUUUGAAAAAGGACCCACUGGAAUGGUAA